AUGCGAGGACGGGCGAGCGAGGGCGAGGGGGACGGGACGAAGGCGAGCGAGACGAAGGCGAGCUUCGUCGCGCGGCGGGUCGAAGUGUGUGGAUUCGUGGUGGAGAAACGACGAAGGAAGGAUUCGAAGGUGAUAUUUACCGUGGAUGAUGGGUCGGGGUGCGUGGAGUGCGUGGUGUGGACGCAAGAUGGUGACGCGGUGUCGGGCGAGCAGAUGGAGUUGUUCGGCAUCGCGAGCACGGCGGACGGAGCGGCGGCGGUGGCGCGGGACAUACGGGUCGGGAGCCUGGCUCGAGUGCAAGGGCGGAUACGAGACUGGAACGGGCGUCGUCAAAUCAACGCGACCGCGGUGCAAGUCGAUCUCGAUCCGAACGAGGAAUUACUCUUCUGGCUCGACGCGUCACUCGAAAUCUAG